AUGGAGGAUGAGGAUGGCGCUGAUAGUCUCAGCCAGCGCCCGCCGAGGAUCGCCUCGUUGAUGGCAACGAAGGCCCAUCCGCAGAGAGAGCUGCUUUUCAAGGCGAUCCAUCCGUCAGACACGUUGGAGGAGUGGAUGGAGAAGGGCCUGCACCGGCUGGAGGAGGACGGUGAGGUCUGGCUGGAAGGUUUCCUGAAGCUGCCAGUGGCCUAUAGCGGCUGUGACAAGGAGAGCUUGCUGAUCUAUGCGGCCAAGACGCAGACUCAGGUGUAUCCCAUACCCUUGGAAAUCACCGAGGAGAACGACGGCAGCCGGCCGCCCGCCUGCCGCAGUUAG